UCACCGCCCCCGCCACCCCCGAGAAGCUGGCGAACGAGGAAGACAAGGCAGGCUGCAGGAGGCAGAGCAGUAUACUGACAGAAAGAAGAAAAUAUUCACCGUAGCACAACGGCGGAGAAGGAAAAAAAAACUGGAACAACGUUUAGAAAAGCAUUUACUGUACCGUACACAAAGAAGCGUAGAGUAUUGAGGAAAACGGCACUGGCGGGGUAGCGGCUGUCAGGUUGUGCUGUCACUCUGGAAACGGAGGUUAAAUUUCACUGUACAUAAAAGGGUUUGGCCUUAUUUCCAAAUUGGAGUCACUUUUCUAUUUCACUGGGUGGCUGCGGGCUGAACCAACCCACUGGACUCUAAAGAAGCUCUGACGUUUUGUGGACAAAGAUUUUCUGCUUGUUGCUGGACUGCAAGAAAGAUAAACCAAAAGUGAGCAAAGGAAAUGGGGACACCUGGAUCUGGAAGGAAACGUGCUCCUAUUAAAGACAGAUUCUCAGCAGAGGAUGAGGCCUUGGGUAGCAUUGCCCGGGAGGCGGAGGCAAGGCUUGCUGCUAAACGGGCUGCAAGAGCAGAAGCACGGGAUAUCCGAAUGAGAGAAUUGGAGCGGCAACAGAAAGAGGAAGAUACAGAAAAAGCCAAAUAUGGUCACAGGUCCAGUGGGCGUCACCACCGGGGGGUCGAUGAUGAUGUGAUGUCUGUCCGCAGUGUCGGCAGCUAUAGGCACUCCUCCUCGUUGCGAGAUGUGAGCGGCUCCCACAAAAGUAGAGCGAGCACUUCCCGAAGAAGAGACCUUGUGUCUGACAGCCUAAAGGACAAGUCAUCCACAAAAAGCUCACGAUCAUCAAGCUCUUCUUACAGUGCCUCUUAUGGGGUCACGAACACGCCUGUUUCCAGUAACUCCAGGAAGGAUCUGUUGAGUGGCUAUUACCAUGACCAAAGAAACUACAGAAGCCUAAAACACUCUAAACCUAUUUCUUCUUACCAUACCCGGUCCUCUUCAUUAUACAGUGACCCACUCACAACAACACCCAAGAGUUACAGGUCAUCCUCUAGUACAGACUCUCAUGGUCUGACACGGAGCUACAGUUUGGCUUCUUUGUGUGACGAUGGUCUCUAUGGUUCAUACAGUAGUUUAAGAGCUCCUUCAGAAUACAGCUAUUCUUCUUCUUCAAGAGCAAGCUCCACUCGUAGCAGCCCUAUGUCUUCUGAUGAUGACACAGCGAGCACUGUCUCCCAGGAUCGUGCCAGCCGUGGGCGGCAGGACAGUGUGUCCUCUGACUUCUCUGAUAUAAGUGAGUCAGCUGCAGAUUAUUUUAGCCGCUCUAACCGCAGGGGGAGCGUUGUAUCUGACUUGGAUGAUCUUAGCAUCCCAGACCUGGACAGUUUGGAUGACAAGAGUGACAAGCAUUUCACUGACUCAUUCUCUCGGCCAGUGUCUCGUAAUGCCGUACCGGGAUUAUCUGCUGCUGCACUGGCCUCCCUGGGUGGGACCUCGUCUCGGAGAGGAAGUGGGGAUGUGGGCAGCAUAGUAGAUCCAGACGCUUCACUCAGUGAAUUGAGGGAUUCAUUGACAGAAGUGGAAGAGAAGUACAAAAAAGCAAUGGUCUCCAAUGCACAGCUGGACAACGAGAAAGCAAACCUGAUCUAUCAGGUGGACACACUCAAAGAUGUUGUUGAGGAGAUGGAGGAACUGAUGGCAGAAAUGUAUAGAGAAACCGAAGAUAAAUCAAAGGAGUUAGAGCGACAAAAGCACACGUGUAACGUCCUUCAGCAUAAAAUAGAGGAACUUAAAGAAGGUGUUCGCCAAAGAGAUGAGCUAAUCGAGGCCCUAGAGAGGCAGAAAGAGUACUUUGACUGCAUUAGAAAUGAGCGAGAUGAGCUCAGAGAUGAGCUGGCUGUCCUCAAAGGAAAAAUGAAGACAGGAGAGAAACAUGGGCUGGUGAUUAUCCCAGAAGGCAUGCCAAAUGGUGAUCUAAACCAUCAACCUGUGGUUGGUUCAAUAACUGUGGUGACGCAAGAAGCUGCUCAGGUUCUUGAAUCUGCAGGAGAAGGACCAUUAGACGUCAGGCUGCAGUCCGAUGCUUUUGAACGUCGUGAAAAGGAAGAACUCAUAGCCCAGAUCAGGAAGCUGAAAAUGCAGCUAGAAGAGGAACGGCAGAAGAGCGCCAAGAUUGAGAGCGUGUUAACAGGCGGAGAGCGCCUUGAGAACGGCACAGACUUGCAGUUCAUCGAAAUGCAGAGAGAUGCCAACAGACAGAUAAGUGAAUACAAGUUUAAGUUGUCCAAGGCAGAACAAGAAAUGUGUACAAUGGAACAAAACAUAAACAGACUUGAAGGGCAGGUGUCUCGGUACAAAGCAUCCAGUGAGAAUUCAGAAAAAAUUGAGGAUGAACUAAAAGCAGAAAAGAGGAGACUUCAAAGAGAGUUGAGAACGUCCUUGGACAAGAUAGAAGAGAUGGAGAUGACCAAUAGCCACUUAGUGAAGCGAUUAGAGAAGAUGAAAGCUAACCGGAACGCUAUUCUGUCACAGCAGUAAGGGGUGGAGACAGCAACUGCUAAGACAGCAACGCACUGCAACUUAAAUUAACAAGCCCUUUGUGUCAUAAGCUUUAAACUUUUCACGUCAGCACAAACACUUUGGAACACCUUGGAACGUGUUCAUGAAUAAUGAUCUAGUUUUAUAGCAAAAUACUGGCAGACUUUUUUUUUCUUUUGUAAUUUAUAUGAAUGAAGGCAUUGGCCAUUCAAUGUCUGUAUGAUCAUUGUGAACUUUUAUUAGCUGUCCUGGUUUAGCAGCUUGAUUAUUUGAUUAUGAGAUGGGGUGUGUAUUUUAUAUGAUUUGCUAGGAAAAUAUAAGUAGUAUUUUUUUUUUUUUUUUUUUUUUUCAGAGCUUUACACAUCAAGUUGAUUCACUAAACGUUUGUAUUUUUUUCCCUUCUGCUUGGAUGAUGCUGGGUGCAUGGACUUUUUUUUGGAUGACUUGCAUGAAUUCAACAGGAUACUAUAUUGCUUCUCAACUAAUAAUAUAAAUAAAUGGCUGCUCAUACCCUGCACCCUUUGUGCAAGUGCCUUUUACGUGGUGCAAAGGAGAUUCCAGGUUCGGAAACACUGCAUUUGAUAUAAAAUAAUUCUGGUACAAAUGAUGUAGUUUAAUAUCGUGUGCAGUUGGGGAGGAAAAAUAGAUCCAAUAAACAAUGUUAAGUUUUAAGGUUAAGAAAAGGUAUUUGGGGGUUGUGGAGAUAUUUUUGUGGCGAUAUUUAGGACUGUAUAUAAACGUUGAUGUUUUUUUGCAUGGCUGAUUGCACAUCUUAUAAUUUAGGAUUUCAGACAGGAUAUUAGUCCUGGCACCCUUAAUUUUGGGUAUGUGACAGCAAGAAAAAAAAGGAGAUUUGAAAAAAAAAAAAAUAAUAAUAAUUAUGUGCUGUAAUUUCUUAAACUGUAUUCUUUACUGCUUGAUUGUUAAGCAGGUUCUCAGGAGCACCAGGAGUUUGUGACCGGGGCAGCUAAAACAUUAAACAAGACACUUUAUAAAGAA